AGCAACUUAACUUUCCCCCAUCUCAUUUACUUCAUAUAGCCAACAAGUUCAAUUUGCAAUAUGUACAGACUUACUCUUCGCCGUUCAUUUAUUCCUCAACUGUCUCAAGGGAGAAUGUUAGGGGUUAGAACUAUGGCCAGCAAUAACAGUGACGGAGAUUCCACGGAUCCUACUUUGAGCAACGCAACCUCUUCUAGAGAAGGUCCUUUCUCCAAGCGUGGAAAGGCCAAAGAGAAUCAAUUUAUUCAUGAUCUCGAACUUGACCAGCUCAAAAAGUUAAAAGAGCAGUUAAAAUCCCAUCGCGAGAACCUUGAUAAGUUAGAGACAGAAAUUGAUUCCAAGUUACCCAAACAGGAUAAUUAGAGAAUCAUGGUAAAGCUUUUGAUGUCCUUACUUGCUGUGUUUUUACUACCGAUUCAAUCCCUUCUCUUGAAUGCAGCGUUUUAGCCAUUGUAUACGAAAAAGUUAUCAUAAGGUUUGGCUAAAUGAACAAGGAUAACUUAUAAUCAUCUCCUCUUUCGUAAGCAAGAAUCAUUUCAUACUAAAUUUGCUUAUCUAGCUUUCAGAUAAAUGUUAAUCUUAUUCCUUAUGCCUUAGAAAUUUCCAAUUAUACAUGCUUUUUGAAGUGUGCUGAAAAUGAUAAAACUCGUCAUUGCUUAAAACGAUUAGAAAUAACA